CUCCAACCCUCCCGUCAAGUCGCAACAAACUCGCCUAGAACCUCAGAUUACCUUUCCCUUGACAGUCGUGACCUCCUCUCACCAUGAUCAGGGCUGGUGCGCUUCCAUUGAGGCGCUCUCUGCGUGCUCUUGAAUCCAAAUCUAACUUUGCGCCUGUCAUCUCUCACCUCCCCACGUCUCGGCCGAGAUAUCUAUCGGCUUCUGCUACGCGCAAUGUAGAUGAAAAGAACGCCUCCUUCAAGAAUCAACUAUAUGAAAGCACAAAUCAACGGCUGAAGCGCGAGCGCGCCGAGCAAGAGCGAUACCAGCAAUAUCAAACCCAAACGCAAGGUGGCCGCUAUGCAGCAAUGAUGUUUGCGUUGGUCUUCUUCUCUAGCGGGGCUUAUUACUUGGGUUCCAUGAAACCUGCUUCUCUUCCGGCCUCGUCCACGACCUCGGUCUAUGAGCUAGACCCACCAAAGCACAACGUCUCCCCGUCGAAUCUCCAGGCCGCCUGGGUGGACUUUGUGGAAAUCCUAGGAAAGGAGAAUGUGUCGACGAAUAAUAUGGAUCUGGAAGCGCAUUCCGGAUCAGACUGGUCCUCCUACAGCCGGAAGGAAGACGAGAUCCCGUUCCUGAUCCUCUAUCCGUUGAGUACGGAAGAAGUAUCUAAGAUCAUGAAAGUGUGUCACAGCCGUGUCAUUCCGGUGACCCCUUACUCGGGUGGUACCAGUCUAGAGGGCCAUUUUGCGGCUACUCGGGGUGGCGUGUGCGUGGAUUUCCGCCGAAUGGACCAGAUCUUGGAACUUCACAAGGGAGACCUUGAUGUUGUUGUGCAGCCAGCCCUCGGCUGGGAAGAGCUCAAUGAACGGUUGUCUGAGGACGGCCUGUUCUUCCCCCCGGACCCAGGCCCUGGUGCCAUGAUCGGUGGUAUGGUUGGAACUGGCUGCUCGGGGACCAACGCCUAUCGCUACGGAACAAUGCGGGAGUGGGUCCUUUCUCUUACGGUUGUCCUUGCGGACGGAACCGUAAUCAAGACGAGGCAGCGACCCCGCAAGUCAAGCGCUGGCUAUGACCUGACUAGACUCUUCAUCGGAAGCGAAGGAACACUCGGCCUGGUCACCGAGGCGACAUUGAAGUUGACUGUGCAGCCCAAGAGCCAAAAUGUUGCUGUUGCAAGCUUCCCCACGAUCCAAAAUGCCGCAGAAUGCGUAACACGUGUGGUCGAGCAGGGCAUUCCUGUGGCCGGUGUCGAGAUCCUCGACGAUGUGCAAAUGAAAUGCAUCAACGACAGCCACACUACGAGCCGACAAUGGAAGGAGUCGCCUACCCUCUUCUUCAAGUUCUCCGGAACACCAGUCGGAGUUAAGGAGCAAAUCAGCAUGGUCCAAAGCAUUGUUUCUUCUACAUCCGGCCGCUCAUUUGAAUUUGCCCGCGGAAGCGAGGAGAUGCGGGAACUCUGGAGCGCUCGGAAAGAAGCGCUUUGGAGCGUCAUGGCCAUGAGACGCGGCCCUGAGGAUCACGUCUGGACUACGGACGUGGCGGUCCCGAUGACCAAGUUGCCUGAGAUCAUCGAGGCAACCAAGAAAGACAUGACCCAAAGCGGUUUAUUAGCAGGUAUCUGUGGCCAUGUCGGCGAUGGCAAUUUCCACGCGAUCAUCUUGUUCAAUGACCAGGAACGGAAAACCGCCGAAGCCGUCAUCCACCGGAUGGUGAAACGUGCGGUGGAACUGGAGGGCACAGUGACAGGGGAACACGGAGUCGGUCUCAUCAAACGUGAUUACCUUCAACAUGAACUCGGGGAGUCAACAGUAGAUGCGAUGCGCCGACUCAAAUUGGCCUUGGAUCCGCUUUGCUUGCUCAAUUCCGACAAGGUUGUUCGGGUCCAGCGGCCUAAUCCGGGGGAGAUUAAGGAGUGGUGAUUACUUAAAUGCAAAAUCCGUUCAGUGUGGUGUCUCAGAACAAGUGGUCUGACGUUCGAAGAGUGAAAUCAAGUACAUAUAUAACAUUGUGAGAUACCGGCAUCUAGCCAACAAAGAGCACCAACAAAGAUUUAUUACGG